AUGUUGACAUCUUUCGCCCGCCGCUCUCAGCCCUACAUGGCGCCCUUGUAUACACGCGCCGGCUCAUCGCUCAUGUCGGAUGUCCAUGGUACAACACACGGUAAAAAACACUGGAAAAAUAAGCCGCUAUUUCGUCGUGGAGGCGACAAGCGGUUUCGAAAUGGUCAGGAGGCUGCAGAUAUGCUCAUGGAUGAAGUAACUCGUCGUGAUCCCAAUCAAGAAGAGUAUGUGCAAGCCGUGCAAAACUUUGUAAAUUCCGUUGUCCCUGUUUUUGAUCGGUAUCCCAAGUAUGCGUGGGUUAUGAAGACGCUCAUGGAGCCGGAGCGUGUAAUCCAAUUUCGUGUUCCAUGGAUCGAUGACGAAGGCAGCAGUCGCGUGAAUCGUGGCUUUCGAGUGCAAUUUUCGAGUGCUCUGGGUCCCUAUAUGGGUGGAUUACGCUUUCAUCCGGAGACUACUCACGGUAUUGCCAAGUUUUUGGGCUUUGAGACCAUUUUUCGCAACGCCUUAGCUGGUUCUUAUGGUGGUGCGCACGGUGGCUCGGAUUUCAACCCGAUGGAUAAGAGCGAGUCAGAAAUCAUGCGCUUUUGCCAGUCAUACAUGACUGAGCUUGCCAACUAUAUUGGUCCACACACUGAUGUGCCAACGUCAGGUGUUGGUGUCGGACCUCAGGAGAUCGGGUACAUGUUUGGGCAGUACAAACGUCUGCGUCAGAUGCACCCUGGAGGUACUGAAGGCAUUCUGAGUGGAGGUGCUUACCACUAUCCGCAGGUAACGGGCUAUGGUAUAGCGCACUUUGCUAACCGUAUUCUCGAGCUGCGUGGUGAGACCUUUAAGGGAAAGCGUUGCCUUAUCUCGGGCAGUGGCACUGUGGCGCUUAACGUGGCGAAGAAGCUGCUGGACUUGGGCGCUAUCCCGAUUGGAAUAAGCGACAACUUUGGCUACGUGAUUGAGGAGCAGGGAUUGACAACGAAGAGUUUGGCAGAGCUUAUGCGUAUAAAAAAAGAGCGUAACGCACGUCUUGGCGCCUACAUCAUGUCGUCCACUACGGCCAAUUAUCACCCGAGUGAGGAAGGUUGUUUGUGGGAGACGCCCUGUGACUAUGCCUUCCCGUGCGCAAUCCAAAACGAUGUGGAUGCCGAUACCGUGCGUCUGCUUGUGAAGAACGGAUGCAAGGGUAUUUUUGAAGGCGCCAACUUCCCCUGCACGGACGAUGCCGUCCGUCUUAUCAAGCAGCACGGUCUGGCCUUCGGUCCCAACAAGGCUGCUAACGGCGCCUCCUUUGCACUGAUCACGAAAAAUCUCGGAGCGUCCACGCAACUUUCCGACACCGAGCUGGACAAGAUCGUUAAAGAAUACAUGUACAAGCUGCACGACCGCGUGGCAGCUUCUGCGGAGGAGUUCAACGCCAGCGGUGAUCUUCACAUGGGCGCUAACAUCACGGCUUUUAUGAGCGUGGCUUCUGCCAUGUUCCGCCAAGGUGUGGUGUAA